UCUCCGAGAGCGCGCUCCUUCUGCGCGCUCCUGAAACACAGCACAUUACAUGUUUAAUUCUCGGGCUUCAGACUCAGAGCUCAGUGCUGCUCUCUCCUUUACUCUACAGCGGUGUGUGCUGCUGUGCUGCCCGCAGACCAACACCAGUGAUGGAUUCAGUGCUGCUGAAAUUACGGAAUAUGGAGUUUUAUACACCCUGAUCUGAUUUACGAGUGUUUCAUCACAGAACGUGAAUCACAGGAAAAGGAUGAAGGAAUGAUCUGUGAGCCUCACACACACAAGAAUGCGCAUUAAAUACACCAUUUCUGUCAUCUUUAUCGUGGCUUUGGUCAUCAUAGAAAAGGAGAACAACAUUAUUUCCAAGGUGUCUGAUAAGCUGACCCCGAGGCUGACUCCGCUGACCCCAAGACUGACCCCGCUGACCCCUCUGCCAUCCACCAAUGUCUCAGAGCAGUUGCAGAGCUCCACCGGCCCGCUCCUGGACAGCACCGCGGGGCAGAGGCAUGUGCUCCUGCUGGCCGGCACCCGCACCGGCUCUUCCUUUGUGGGCGAGUUCUUCAACCAGCUGGGCCCUGAGGUGUUCUACCUGUUCGAGCCGCUGUGGCAUGUGGAGCGCAUGCUGACGGUGGAGAGCGGCGGCACUAACGCGAGCGUGGCAGCGCCAGCGUACCGGGACGUCCUGCGGCAGCUGCUCCUGUGCAACUUCUCUCUGCUGGAGGACUUCAUGGAGCCGCGGCCGCAGGAGCACGUCACCGCUGCGCUGUUCCGCCGCGAGUCCAGCCGAGCGCUGUGUGAAGAGCCCGUCUGCACACUGCCUGCCCGGAGAGUGUUCGAGCGCUACCGCUGCCGGGUGCGUCGCUGCGGCCCGCUCAACCUGACGCUGGCCGGACAGUCCUGUCUGCAGAGGCGGCACCGCGCCAUCAAGACGGUGCGGGUGCGGCAGCUGGAGACGCUGCGCCCACUGGCCGAGGACCCGCGGCUGCACAUGCGCUUCAUCCAGCUGGUGCGGGACCCACGUGCCGUCCUGGCAUCCCGCAUGGUGGCGUUCUCCAGCAGGUACCGCAGCUGGCAGCGCUGGGCCGCAGGCGAGGAGCUGCCACUGGACCAGGACGAGGUGCGCAAACUCAGAGCCAACUGCGACAACAUCCGCAUGUCGGCCGAGCUCGGGCUCCAGCAGCCGGCGUGGCUCCGCGGGCGCUACAUGCUAGUGCGCUAUGAGGACAUCGCACGGUUCCCCAUGCGCAAAGCUGCAGAGAUGUACGCCUUCACCGGGAUCCCCUUCACAGCGCAGGCGGAGCAGUGGAUCCUCAAGAACACGCAGGCGUCGCAGGAGGCCAGCGGCGUCUACUCCACCCAGAAAAACUCCUCGCAGCAGGUGGAGAAGUGGAGGCGCAGCGUGAGCUUCCGGCUGGUGCAGCUGGUGCAGGAGGAGUGCAGCGCCACCAUGAGGCUGUUCGGCUACAGACCCGCAGAGAACCAGCAGAUGCUGAGCGACACAUCUCUGAGUCUGAUCGAGGACAGAACAUUCCUGUGACUGAAGAAGAUCCCCGUCCACACCUGCAGCAGUAUUGGACGACCAGUGUGUGUGUGUGUGUGCGUGUGUGUGUGUGCGUGUGUGUGUGUGUGUGUGUGUGUGUGUGUGUGUGUGUAUCUGUUGUUCAGCUGCACUUUAGAUGAUUUUUCUGGUAAAAAUGCAAAGUUCAUUUGAAAAGCAGAAAAUAUAAUGAAGAAUGAGCUGUUUUCUACAGUGUGUGUGUGUGUGUGUGUGUGUGUGUGUGUUUCUGCAGCUGGUUUGCAGAACUCUAUGAUCUUGAUCCUCUGAUUUCAGCACAGUGUUGUCGUCUUCAUUAAGGGCUCUUUUUUAAUCUUUUUAUAAUUAUAUAUGAUGUAAUAAUAAUUAAUAUAUAAUUAUAUUCUCACUCCAGGAGUUGUAAACCUCAUCUCUCUUCACACACUCCUCACACACACCUCACACACUCCUCACACACACAUCACACACACCUCACACACUCCU